AUGGCUGCUCCGUCUACUGCCGCCCUGAGCGCCUACCGCCAGGUCCUUCGUGCUACCCGCAUUGCCUUCCGAGACGACGUCCGAGUCAUGCUUGCUUCUCGUCAAGAAGCCCGUCGCAACUUCGACCAAAACCGCCGUGUCGCUGUUGACACCGGCAUGCAGAUCAACCACGCCAUCGAGGUUGCGAAUAUCUUGCGCCACAAUCUAGUACAGGGUGCUCGGGAGGAUGGUAAUGAGGAUGCCAAGUGGGAACUCCGAAUUCACGACCAGAUCGAGCGCGGCGACAACGACUCCAUCAAGGUUGCUGGCAAGGAUGUCAAGAUUCACAAGGCUUGCUCCUCGUCCUCGUAA